GUAAUUUUUCAUAGAACGAGCUCAACGUCUACAUAAUGUUAAGUAGUUAUAGUAAGCGGCACGUAAGUUGGCAAGGUUUUGGUGUAGUGGGGGUAAUGUCGCGCAUGGUGCACAUUGCAACAAAAAAAUGGUCACUUUUAUUGCCGCAUAUAAUUUAAUUUAAUUUUUUAUUUGCCGUAAUUUGUUUUUAAGCCUUUGUGUUUAGAAGAAAGUUAAAGAAAAGAGAGGAAUUUGUGAAGUGUAUUAGGUGUUAUAAAUAAAAAACAAUUAAAAGUUAAGAAGUUUAUUUAAAAAAAAUUAUUUAAUAUUAAAAAUUAUGUGUCACCGUCGUCAUUAUUAUUUUCUAAUAGUGCUACCCCUUGGAUUAAAUUUAUGGUAGCACCUGAGCUGGUGGAAGGAGUUGGCUCCUCAUCGUUGAAAUAACGAAGAGUCGCUGUUGUCACUGGCGUAAAUAAAAAAACGCUCAGUGACUGAAUCGACCAUAUGGUCAUUGGUAUUUGGUCCUGGCAUUGCAAACAAAUUUAAAAGAAUAACACUCGUAACAAAAACUAAAUUUAAAACAAUAAUAACAACUCGUAACAAAAACUCAAUAUAAACAAAGGGCUCCUACAAUUUAGUAGGCGCAUGUGUAAUCACGGAGCGAACGGAACGUGGAUGCGGUGCGGGAGGGGAGGGUCGACUAACUCACCAAUCGUGCGCUCGGAACGGUGCUACGUCUUUCCCCGCGUCCCGCUUGACAACCAAAGAGACCUAAAAAACGACUUCUGCGCAUCUUACGACUCUUGCCAAGUUACGUGCCGGGGACUAUUAACCGAAGCUAUAUAGCACUCAUAUUAAAAUAUUAGGUCGCUCUAAGGGUCAAUUCUUUAACGUUUCAAUUAAGUUUGCACUGUCAACUGCAGAUAUUUUCUUAAAAUCUUAUUGAAAUUUAAAUUGCUAUUACAUACUUGUCAACUGCAGAUAUUUUCUUAAAUAUCUUAUUGAAAUUUAAAUUGCUAUUACAUACUUGUCAACUGCAGGUAUUUUGUUAAAUAUCUUAUUGAAAUUUAAAUAGCUAUUACAUACAUGAUCCUAGAAAAUUGAGCGCUAAGCGUUUUGAAUCCAUGAUUUAAAUAAUGCUUAUGUGACCUAAUUUUGAAAUCACAAAACAUUAUCGUAUAUACAGCACUAAGUAUUUUUAACAGGACCGGCCGCACUAGAGAUCACUUGGAGAGGCCUAUGUUCAGCAGUAGACAGUGGACAGGCUGAGAUGAUGACGAUGAUGAAGUAUUUUUAAACAUUUCACAAAUUUAUUUGCUACGGUCUAAAAAGUGCCAUCGAGAAAGUGUAAUACAAUUUAAAUACACGUUUAUUCAAAUACUUAAGGACCUUAUUUUUUAUAUUGAUUUUGUUGCAAGAGGCUGCUUGUGUCCUGAUAAAAAAAAUCAUCUAUCGUCUUACGGCCGGUCCCAAUAUCGGAUCCUCGAUCGGGAGAUCGGUUCAAUCGGAGAUCGAAAACGAUCUCCCGAUCGAUCUCCAAUCUGCGUCCCAAUAACAACGGAUAGCAACAAUCGAUCGAUUUUCAAAAUGGAUCGCCGAUCGAUCUAUUUUGUGAAGUUCCCUCCCGUGCGUUCCAUUUCAAGCAGAUAUAAUUAUGACUAUGUUGUAAACCUAUUAAUGGAUUUAAGAAAAUAUGCAUACUUUAGGGUUUUGACGUACUAAUGAAUUAUUUAUUUGUUACGUAUUAUAUGAAUAAAACACGUGUUUUAACAUUUUCCAAGCAAAUUAUCAUAAACCUACUCAAGUUUUGGUAGCGGAGCGUAAUCAUAAUCUGAGAAACGAAUCGUCUCUCAGUGUCAUUUGACAUCAGAUUCAGUCAGUUUAAAAUUGAAGCUUUUGUUCGUGGUUUGUUGCUACAAGUAAAUAAUUAUCAAAAUAUUGAAUUAUUAAGUUAGUGAAGUGAAGUGAAAUACCAUGGAAAGUGUAAGUGCAAUGGUAUCAAGCAAGCCUCUCACAAAGGACGAGUCAAAAAUACUGCUUUCGUUUAUUGAAAGUAGUAAAAUUAUUUAUAAUAAAAGAACAAAUGCGACUAAUAACAAACUAAAAAAUGAGGAGUGGAAACGCAUAAGCGACCAUUUCAAUGCUGUGGUGACCACAUCCUACCGGACACCACAGCAGUUGCGUUUAAAAUGGGAAAAUCUCAAAAAGAAUUCCCGUAAACGCAAUACACAAAUACGUAUGAAUAACAUAAAGACUGGUGGUGGUGGUCCUUCCUACAUCCCCCCUGAUGAUGUGUUGGACAGGGUGGCUGCAUUAUUAGGAAGUACUGUAGAUGGUUUCACAGUAGCAUAUGGUGGUGAUGCUGAACUAAUACCAUGUGCCGGCAGUAGUAAUGGUGGUGGUGAUGAACAUGGUUUGGAGGGUGUUAUAGAUAAUGUAAUUGAUAAUGGUGCUGAGGUGUUGGAGUGUAACAGUGGUGUUGAGGUGUUGAAAGAGUGUGUGGUCGAAGACACAGGGCCUUGCUCAGUCACACCACCUAACCCCAAAUUUUUACACACUCCCAAAGCCAGCGGUUUCAAAAGAAAAUCAAAAUUUGACGAGCACCGGGCAUCCAGAAACCAGGCAAUAGCUAAUUACUAUAAUGCAAAAAGUAAACUUUUAGAAGCAAAAUUUGAAAAUAUUGUGUUAGAAAAUAAAAAAUUAAAAUUAGAAAUUGAAAAACUUAAGAAUGUAAAUUAACCUUAUUUUAUUUUAUAGUUGAUAUUUUUGUUUGUAUUUUUAUGCAGGUCUUAUAUAUAUAUAUAUAUAUAUAUAUGUGUAUAUAUAUUUUUAUUUUUGUGUUAUAAAUAAAUACCUAAUUAAGUUAGCAGUUAAAGUGAUGAUAAGUUUGUUCAAAUGUUUGUGCUAAAUAUAAAUAAUAGAUAAGUAUUUUCAUUCAUAAUAAAACAAAAUAACAGUUACAUACAAAAA